CCACGGAACAUUAUUCAAAUAUAAUUUAGAAAAUAAAAAUUUUUAAGGUUGCGAUGAAACUGAAGAACUCAACAAUGGAGAGAAGAAGGUAGACGGGGAAUACAAAGAUCAGCCUCGGGAAGAUGGGGAGCCAGUCGGUGCCAAAACUGGUGGCCGUGGCGAUAGACAAAGACAGAGGGAGCCAAGUUGCCCUACGGUGGACGGUCGAGAGCCUCGUCACCAAAGGCCAGCCCGUCAUUUUGAUCCAUGUCAAGAUCAAGCCCGCUUCUAGCUUCUCCCAUUCACCCUCGCUCGCUCUCUCCACCCCGAGGUUGAGCCAGCAUUCUAUUGACGACAAUGGGUUUACAAGCGGAGACAACUCGGAUCCAGAGACAAAAGAGCUGUUUCUUCCAUUUCGUGUUUUUUGCACCCGUAAAGAUGUACAAUGCUACGAAGUUGCGCUAGAGCAUACCGAUCCCGCCAAAGCCAUAGUUGAGUAUGUAAACCGAACAGCAAUCGAGGUGGUGGUUCUUGGUGCUGCAACUAAAGGAGGUCUUCUCAGAUUUAAAGCAAGAGACGUUCCUGGAAACACGUUGAAAUCGGCCCCAGAUUUCUGCGCCGUGUAUGUCAUAUCCAAAACAGGGAAGAUAUCAUCCACACGAUCUGCUUCCCGUCUACCUCCAUUUAUCCAUCCACUUCGGCAUCAGAUGGCACAGCAGAUUAGCAGCAAACCAAAUGCUGCACCUGACUUACCCUUACCUCCAACACACAAUCCAAAAACUAGCUCUUUGGCAGCUCUCGAGCCACCUGCUGGCGUGCUACAGAACGAUAUCAAGAGAGCCGCCAGUGGCAGACCGUUUGAAUCCGCCAAACUUGACCUGGACGUGUCUUUUGUCAGCAGGCAGAGUGUUGACACAUUUUUCCCAUAUGCCGAAAGCGUUGAUGAGGGACCCACCCCUCCACGGCUUUCGGGUUUCUCAGAAAUGGAUGACAGUAAUCUUGAGCUGCUGCACAGUGGAAGGCAAUCAAUGGAAUCCUUGACAUUUUCAGAUUCACUUGACACUGAUAAAGCCUCUUUGCUGUCCCAGGAAGAUGUGGGAGCAGAAAUGAGAAGGCUAAAGCUUGAGCUCAAGCAAACAAUGGAAAUGUAUAGCACAGCCUGCAAAGAAGCACUCACUGCAAAGCAAAAGGCACUGGAGCUAGAGCGUUGGAAAGUGGAAGAACAGAAGAGAUUAGAAGAGGCACGGUUAGCAGAGGAAGCUGCACUGGCACUUGCUGAGAAGGAGAAAGCCAAAUCUAAGUUAGCCAUUGAGCAAGCAGAAGCAGCUCAGAGGAUUGCAGAACUAGAAGCUCAGAAGAGAAUCAAUGCGGAGCUGAAAGCUCUAAAAGAAGCCGAGGAGAAGAACAAGGUAUUAAGCUCAAUGUCGGAUUCGAGGUACAGGAAAUACACGAUCGAAGAGAUUGAGACCGCAACCGAAUACUUCUCCAAAUCCCGAAAAAUUGGUGAGGGUGGGUACGGUCCGGUCUACAAAUGCUAUCUGGACCACACCCCGGUCGCGGUCAAGGUCCUCAGACCGGACGCGGUCCACGGAAGGCAACAGUUUCAACAAGAGAUUGAGGUGCUGAGUUGCAUAAGGCAUCCAAACAUGGUGCUUCUUCUAGGGGCUUGCCCGGAAUACGGUUGCUUAGUGUACGAGUACAUGUCGAAUGGGAGCUUGGAAGACCGUCUACUCCUUCGCGGUGACACGCCCCCACUUGCUUGGCAGCAAAGGUUCAGGAUUGCAGCUGAGAUAGGGACGGGUUUACUUUUUCUACAUCAGAACAAGCCGGAGCCGUUGGUGCACCGUGACUUGAAGCCCGCCAACAUCUUGCUUGACCGCAACUUCGUCAGCAAAAUUAGUGAUGUGGGUUUGGCAAGACUCGUGCCUCAAAGUGUGGCUGAAAACGUGACGCAGUACCGGAUGACAUCAGCCGCGGGGACGUUCUGCUACAUAGACCCGGAGUAUCAGCAAACGGGGAUGCUGGGUGUGAAAUCGGAUGUGUAUUCCCUUGGGAUCAUAUACCUUCAGAUGCUAACGGCUAAAUCACCAGUGGGGCUGACACAUUACGUGGAGAGGGCGAUUGAGAAAGGGUGUUUUGGUGAAAUGCUUGACCCGGCCAUCUCUGACUGGCCUGUUGAAGAGGCUCUGGUUCUUGCCAGUUUAGCAUUGAAGUGUUCUGAGCUCAGAAGAAGAGACCGGCCGGACCUUGGGAAUGUCGUGUUGCCCGAGUUGGAGAGGUUGAGAGCGUUGGCAGAAGAGAACUCAACUCCGCUGCAGUUCUAUGGCCCGCCCUCCUCAAACUGUAGCCAAACAUCUUUGUCUCAAGACAAUUUGAGUUACCCUGCAAGUAGUCAUUCGGGAUAUGAAAGCUCGAGAAGCAGGUGAAUCAAUCAUGAGCCCCUACCCCUUCGGGAUGAAGUCUUAGAGUGUGGUAUCUCCGAGCAGGUGUGUUGAGGCUCGUGUGACUCGAGUUCUUGUACGUAGGCCUUGUUUGUUUGUUCCUUUAUUUUUGGGAGUGGGUAGUAAUGCUACUUUUUGAAAGUUCUUGUUUGUAAGUGUAGUUUUAAGUCUAAUACAGAGUAAAUAACAGACCUUGAG